CUUCUUCAUUGGUGAUUAUUCUAGAAACUAGUAAAAGACUUUAAUUAAAAUUGGAAAAAUGUAUCUGUUACUUUUUUUUACUAUUUUCAUAUGUGUGGAUUCUAGUUUAACUAAAGCUUUGAAUGCUGUUGUUAUUUUGGCUGAUGAUGGAGGCUUUGAAAUGGGUACAUACAGAAACAAAAUUUGCCAAACGCCUAAUUUGGAUAAAUUGGCAAAAGAAAGUUUAAUUUUUAAUAGAGCGUUUACUUCAGUGAGUAGCUGUUCUCCUAGUCGAGCAGCUUUGCUUACAGGAAUGCCGUCACAUCAGAAUGGAAUGUAUGGAUUACAUCAAGGGGUUCAUAAUUUUAAUUCUUUUAAUAAAGUUAAGAGUAUAACAAAAAUUUUGAAAAAUCAAGGCAUUAGAACAGGCAUUAUUGGUAAGAAACAUGUUGGUCCAGAAAAUGUGUAUCCAUUUGAUUAUGCAGAAACUGAGGAGAAUAAUUCCAUAUUUCAGGUGGGGCGGAAUAUCACACAUAUUAAAUUGUUGACUAGAACAUUUUUAAAUACAUCUGAUCCUUUCUUUUUAUAUAUUGCAUUUCAUGACCCACAUCGUUGCGGUCAUACAAAUCCCGAAUAUGGAGAAUUUUGUCAACGGUUUGGAAAUGGCGAACCAGGUAUGGGUUAUAUCCCCGAUUGGCAACCAAUUAUUUACCAACCAGAUGAGCUUGAACUACCUUAUUUUAUUCCAAAUACUUGGGAAGCUAGAAAGGAUGUUGCUAAUCAAUAUACAACUAUUUCAAGGCUUGAUCAAGGUGUUGGCUUAAUCAUCGAAGAAUUAAAAAACUCUGGUCAUUAUGAUAACACUCUGAUCAUUUAUUCAAGUGAUAAUGGCAUACCUUUUCCAAAUGGAAGGACAAAUAUGUAUGAUUCUGGAAUACAAGAGCCUUUAUUUAUUUCAUCCCCACUUCAUAAAGAAAGACGAGGUCAAGUAACAAAUUCUUUAACAAGUUUAUUAGAUAUUGUCCCUACACUAUUGGAUUGGUAUGGAAUUAAAGGAGAAACUAAUUCUGUUGAAGAAUUUGAUCAUUUAUAUGGUAGAAGUUUACUUCCACUUCUUGUUAAAGAACCAGAUGAUACAUCAAAAGAAGUUAUUUUUGGAAGUUAUAAUUUACAUGAAAUUACUAUGUACUACCCUAUGCGAAUGGUUAGAACACAAAGAUACAAACUUAUACAUAAUAUAAAUUACUAUUCACCUUUUCCUAUAGACCAGGAUUUAUAUUUGUCUCCAACAUUCCAAGAUAUUUUGAAUAAAACCAGGACAAAUGAAAACACUUUUUGGUAUAAAACUUUACAGGAAUAUUACAAACGUCCAGAGUGGGAAUUGUAUGAUUUGAAGUAUGAUCCAGAAGAACUUAAUAAUAUUGCAAAAAAGAGUUCUCAACAACAAAUUUUUAACGAGUUAAAGGAAAAGUUGCAUAAAUGGCAAAAGGAGACCCAAGAUCCUUGGAUUUGUUCUCCACAUGCGGUUUUGGAAGACGAGGGAAGUUUCAAACAUAACCCACAAUGUUUAGAUUUGAAUAAUAUUUGAUGAAGUAAAUUCGUUUCUCGAAUGAAUUUUAUAGCUUCAUAUUGGAAGCUGAUUUUUCAAAUAAGUAAAAUAUAGAAAUUGUGGAUU